CCGGCGGCGCUGGGGUGGCCACACACUCCAAUUGCUUUGCCCGGCUCAUCCUUGCACCGCCCAGUGUUUUGGGAAGGGGCUCCUGCAGAGCCGCGUGGCUGCAGCAGGGCGGAUGUCCCGCUUGCGGGGAAGGCGGCUGAGCUGCGGGCUCCUGCGUUUAGAUAUACAGGAUGCCCUGAAGGAGUAAACGCCUGCAGUUUCAUAAGGCAGCAGAACUGGAAAAGACUCUGGCUAUACAGGAGCUGAAAAAUCUGACAACACAACUCUUCCAACCCUGGAUGUAAUACUCUAGUCCAGGAUGAAUCAAUGCCACUAUGAUAAACACAUGGACUUCUUUUAUAACAGGAGCAAUACAGCCACUGCAGAUGAAUGGUCAGGAACAACUCUUGUCAUUGUUUCAUGCUUUGGGACCUUUUUUUGUCUCUUCAUUUUUCUUUCCAAUUCGCUGGUCAUAGCGGCUGUGGUUAAAAACAAGAAGUUUCACUUUCCUUUCUACUACUUGCUAGCCAACCUCGCUGCUGCAGAUUUUUUUGCUGGAAUCGCUUACGUGUUCUUGAUGUUCAACACUGGCCCAGUGUCCAAAACGUUAAGUGUGAACAGGUGGUUUUUGCGCCAGGGACUUCUGGACACCAGCCUGACAGCUUCUCUGGCUAACUUAUUGGUAAUUGCUGUUGAGAGGCACAUGUCUGUGGUGCGGAUGAGGCUUCACAGUAAUAUUACAAAGAAGAGAGUCACCUUUUUCAUUUUGUUGAUAUGGGCCAUAGCUAUCUUCAUGGGUGCUGUGCCUACACUGGGCUGGAACUGCCUCUGUGAUAUUUCAACCUGCUCUUCCCUAGCUCCUAUUUAUAGCAGGAGUUACUUGAUAUUCUGGACAGUCUCCAACCUGGGGGUUUUCUUUAUCAUGGUGGUGGUGUACAUAAGAAUCUACAUGUAUGUCAAGAGGAAAACAAAUGUUUUAUCCCCGCACACUAGUGGUUCCAUCAGCCGCAGGAGGACUCCAAUGAAGCUUAUGAAGACAGUCAUGGCUGUGUUAGGUGCCUUUGUGGUGUGCUGGACUCCGGGUCUUGUAGUUCUGCUUCUCGACGGCUUGAAUUGCACUCAGUGUGAGGUUCAGAAUGUGAAAAGGUGGUUCCUUCUCCUGGCCUUGCUGAACUCUGUUAUGAAUCCCAUCAUUUAUUCUUACAGAGAUGAGGAGAUGUCGAGUACUAUGAGGCGCAUGCUCUGCUGUUCUUCAGAAGAGAAAAACCAGGAGCAGCGGUCUUCCAGGAUUCCCUCUGCAGUGCUCAACAGGAGCAUAGAUUCUUCUAGCCAAUACAUGGAAAAUGGUAUUAGCCAAGGGACUAUCAGUGGCAAAGAAAACACAUGAGCUUCCCUCCCCGCCCCCACUACACAGAUGUGGAUUGCAGUGGAAGGGAGAGUGGAAUGAGCUCAGAACCAGCUGGAGCCAGUGAGCCUUGAAACUGCAGAAGAAUAUUGCUUUCUGUACCAAAACCCAAAUCGGACAGUCUUAUAAAUCAUUACGGGACAGAAAAAAAAUGUACUGGAAGGGAUGAGAAGGAACAUAAAGUGUGAGCUUAUCCUAUCAUGUUUCUUUUAAGCUUGUAAACACAAUAUAAGCAACACUGUGGAAUCUUCUUUCUUCAGAGGCCUAGUUGCCACUGAGGUCGUAAACCUGUGUCUGGGCUCUAUCAUUUCAGAGUCUGGGAAGAGUCCUCACAUGACUGAAUGCACAUACAUACAUACAUACAUACAUACAUACAUACAUACAUAUCCUUCCACACAAAGAACUAGUGUGUCAGGGACAGGAGUCCUAGCCUAGCCUUCUCCUUGACGGAAUAGGUGUCUCUUGGGAUGCAAGUGCUUUUUUUCUUUUCUUUUUUUGUAUGGAGGAAUAUUCAGUGAUGUGAGCUGCAGUCUGAAGUCGAUCACUUUGGUAAGAACUAGGCCAGGGCUGCAGCUUGAGCCUAUGUGUGUUUACUUUGAAGUACAGUAAGUAUAUUCUGCCCACUGGGGCUUGAUUGCUGCCUAAGGAACUCAGUGGGACCUGCUUCUGAGUAUACAUAUAUAGGAAUAGGCUGUCUAAUUUCCUAAGUGGUGCAGUAACAAUGCUCUUCAAUUUAGCAUUAUGAUAAAGAUAUUUUUGUCAGGCAUAAGAGAGACAGUUGGGGCCAAAAUGUGUCCUGCUUAUGUUUGAUUCUUCAUAUGAAGUCGAUGUAAUGGUUUCUAAGUGUGCCACCUUCCUUUCCAAAGGGGAGUGAGCAAGCAAUGCUCUUGUAAAAUAAAUUAAGGGCAUGCAUGAAAUAAGCACUCAAUUGGCCUUCUAAUAACAAGCUGUUCUGUGCAUUUGUAUCUUCUGUGGCUUGUUAGUAGGGAUAGAACUGUUGCUCUUAAUAAUACUCCUACCUCUGUAGCUGAAGGAGUCUGUGUGUGGAUUGAUGGCCUUGUUUUUAAGCCUCUAGUCUUCUUUUACAGCCAUUAUAAGCCCAUGUCUACUUUGCUUAGCACAAGAACUUUGGAAGUUUGGUUAUUCAAUCGAGCUUCUAAAAGUCUGGGCUUUUAAAAAGUAUGAAUUUAAAAUAUUAAGUGGUAUGAUGAAAAACAUAAACAAUAAUAUAUAUUCAUUUGUGGUUUAUGGAUUUAAUCCUAGUUUAGUGAUGGAACUCUGGAAAUAUUUCUUCAAAGGCAUGAGAUUGUACAUAAUAUUAUUUCACUUUAAAAAAUCCUAAUUAAUGCACGUAGAAUAACUUUCACACUGUACUUCUUAAGUGGUUUUAUCACCUGUGGACUGUGUGAGAGAUUGGGGGUAUGCUUGGUGUGAUGGUCCAAUGCCUUAAAUAAGUGCUUUAGAGAGCUGGUCUUGUGGUAGCAAGCAUGACAUGUCCCCUUAGCUAAGCAGGGUCCACCCUGGUUGUAUUUGAAUGGAAGACUAGAAGUGUGAGCACUAUAAGAUAUUCCUCUCAGGGGAUGGAGCCAUUAUGAGAAGAGCAGAAGGUUUCAAGUUCCCUCCCUGGCAUCUCCAAGAUAGAGUUGAGAGAGAUUCCUGCCUGCAACCUUGGAGAAGCCGCUGCCAGUCUGUGAAGACAAAACUGAGCUAGAUAGACCAAUGGUCUGACUCAGUAUAUGGCAGCUUCCUAUGUUCCUACAUUCCUAUGUAUCUGAGUUUGGGUACCUCAUUGUUUGGGGGACCACCUUCAGACACUGGAAUUGAGCAAUAUUGGGACUUGGGACCAGAGUGCUUUCAGCUAACCCAUAUGGAGAUUUUCUACAUCCCAAGGGCUGAGGAAAUACUUUCUUUUUGCAUUUGCUAAUUUAUUCAAAGUUAUGCAUGUUUUAAAUUAUGUAUUUGAAUACUGAGGGCUAGCAAAAUAAAAUUAUGCUGGGAGAGAGAUGCACUUUCUCCUCACGUCUGUUCCCCAUAUUAAAAACAGGACAAAUGAGCAAAAAAAACAACAACCCCAAAACAAAACCAGACUGGACCUGGUGCAUACAUAGGCAGACGUAAAGCAAGUUGUGAAAAUGCUAUCUUUCUUUCUCAGGGUAAUUUAAUCCAUUCGGCUUGCAAUCAGACACAUAGAAUGCAAGUGGUCACCUAUGUGUUCAAGUAUUUCUGCAAUGAUAGUUGCUGGAAAAGCAGCACUUGGGCACAUGCUAUUGAGAUCUGCAUCGAAUUUGAUAUUGGUCUUCCUAGGGACAAUUGGUGAUAAGUAAAAUAUUCAUAUCUUAAAGUAAUGAUGGAUCUUUUGUGAUGCACAAUUCAUUGCCCAAUCCAUAAUCUUGUGUUUUGAGUUGAUGGCUGCAUGGAAUUGUGCAAACAGUGCUCAAAAGUGAAACUCCAUCCUUUGCCAAAAAAACAAACCAACCCUAAUUGAGCAUAUUUGUAGAAAGACUUACUGCUGCUCUAUUAGUUAUAUCAUUGGCUUCUACUUAAUGUAGUUAAGACCAGAAAUGGCCUAGGUUGCUUAAGAGGAUGACAACUCUGCUGUGUCCUCAUCUGACUCUUUCAUGUGCCUCUGUGAUCCCAUUCUGUCCUACCAUCUCUCUCCCUCCACCACAUUUCUCUUCAGGCUUCGUCCCUUCUGCAUUCAACCACACCAUGCUCAAAAUAUUGCCUUGACCUAUGCUCUCCCUCUAGCUACCAGGCAAUCUCACAUCUUCCUUUUAUCUCCGAACUCCUGAAGCAUGUGAUUUACUUCUGGUGCCUUGACUUUCUGUCCUCCACUCUUGACCCCUUAUAAUCUACACUCCACUAAAAAUGCCUUUGCAUCACUAAUGAUCUUCUCACUGCCAAAAUCCAAAGGUCUUGACUCUGUCCUUGUCCUCAUUGACCUCUGUGCUGCUUUGGACCCUGCUGAUCACCCUCUGCUGUUUGGCUCCCUCUAUGCUUUAUGUUACUGUCACUCUUUUCUUAGCUGGUUCCUCUUCAUGGUCUCUGUGCAGCCACAUCUGUGGUAUCUGUGCCUGUGCAGAGCCUUGUCCACAGCUCUCUCAAUUGGACUUAUGGGAAAACUUUAUUCCCAGAAACAUUUGUGCCUGGCAUAUUGAGGUCAUUCAUACAAUCAAAAACUGUGUUCUACCUGGGUUUGGGAGCUGUGAGUGCUCUCAAUUUUCAGUUGUGUGGAAGAAGGUAGGAGGAAAACUUGGGUAGAAGUGCUUGCGUGGAAGCAAGACAAGAGGAAAAGCAACCAAGGCUUUCCUCCUACCUUGCUUCCACACAACUGAAAAUUGGGAGCAUACACAGCUCUCAAACCUGGGUAGAACACAGUUUUUGAUUGUGUGAAUGACCUCACUGUGUCACAUAACAGAUGCCAGAGUGGGCAGAAUGGGGCGGGGAGGAGAGGCCAGCUGCCACUGAAAUUGAGGAAGGAGACUUGUGGGGAUGUGGAAGAGGCUUAGAGUGUCACCAGAGGGGUUGAUGGAAGGGUAGCAUCCUGUCACAUUCCUGAAGACAAAAUUGGGGGCAUGACAGCAUCUGAUUUACAUCAUAAUUGAACUCAUAAUAUACCAAAUUUUCAAGCCCAGAUACUUGUGGGAAGGGAUUGCCCCAUCAUGAAUCAUUUAUGAGAAAAUGCACACACUACUUGUCUGCCAGGCUCGAAGAAAUUAGUGUACCACAGGCCUUGACAAAUUUUAUUAGGAUCUCGGAGCCAGCUCAAAAACGUAGGAGUCAGUCAAUGGACACUUGACAAAAUUAGUGGACAUUGUGGAGGGGGAGGGUAAAUAGGCUUCUCUUUAUUCCUUUUACAAGUAACAUACUUAAAUAGAAAAAGGGCUGCUUGGGACAAAUACAAUUUUUAUCAAAUAAUUCUACCUCUGAAUAUUCUUGUCUAGGUGCCACGCUUUGAUUUCUAGACACCAUGGCUUCAUGGUUCCUGGGAUUUGUUGCAUUCUGGUGUACCAGAUAAAUCCAUGUGAAGUAUUGUCUUUCUGCCAGUGUAAAGCCAUCUUUGCCUUAAGAUUGUUUAGUUUUAUAAAUUUCAACAAAAUGAUGAAA